AUGGUCCAAUCUCACUUCGAGACCGAAACAUUCACCUCAGAAAACUUCGUCGAGACCGCCGGCACGAUCCUCUUCCGGCUGUCCACGCAGGAGAUAUGCAUCCUCCAUCUGCUGGAGAAAGACGAAUACGUGCUGCCUGAAGGCCGCCGCAACCUGGGAGAGUCCCGGCAGCAAACGGCUCUCCGUGAGACUCGUGAAGAAACUGAAUUCUCGUGCAAUCUGAUGCAUUUGGAUAUGCUGUCGCGCGUUUGCCCGCCGGUCGAAGAUGAGGAGUUUCCAGAUGAGGCGCGAUUCUACAAGCAUGUUAUUGAGCCAGUGGCAAUGCAGACGAGGCGCGUCGAGGGUGGAAUCAAGCUGAUUUGGUGGUAUGUGGCGACUAUCAACGAGGAAGUGCCCGUUGGAGAGCACGAGAGCGAGAGGUUCGGUGUGGAGUUCAACGGCUACGAGGAGACGUUGCGGAAGUUGACGUUCGAGGAGGAUCGUAAGGUGGUCAGGAGAGCUAUAGAACUGGUGAACUCCACUAUGGCGAACAAGGAAAAGUAA